CACCCCGACACCAUGGCCGGCAUGGAACAGCUCGAAGUUCACAGCAAGUCGUACCUCGUCCGCUGGGUCAACGUAGCUGCUGGCCACACCAUCUCGUGGUCUAUCCAACCUCACAAAAAAUCUAUCAACUUUGGCGUCUUCAAGCACCCCAGCGCCGCCAGCAACUCCAUCGCCUCGCAUUCCACCUCCUCCGCGACCCUCGACGCUCCUGGCACCCCUGCCCUCGAAGUACCUACAUCCACCGGCCGUGGCCGUGGCCUCUCCAAUUCUACAUCCCGCAAUGACAGGACAUUUGUGCUGGAGAAGCUCUCUGCGAUUGGCCUCAAGCAGGUCCAUUGGGUAGGCAAAUGUGAGGCUGAAAAGGUUUCUAUGGGGACAUACGAUGUGCCCGAGGGCGAAGGUGGCAUGUAUGGGCUGGUUAUAGACAACACCUUCUCCAAGACCGUCUCCAAGACGGCCACCUUCGUCCUCAUGACGUACCCUACCAACGCUGCGCCAAAAUCCGGUCACCAUACCCACUACACUCAAGCCUUGGGAGCCGCAAGCACCACAAGUCUAAGCAGAUCGAGCCCAGGAAUGGGACCCAUGGCCGCCGAGUCCUCCGAAUCUCUUUCGCAGACCCUGAAUGACCGUCCCAAAUCGUCACACGUGUCGGCGAGCGCUGCUCCGUCGCUGAACUCAUCCUUCCUCACGGGCGUGCUCCAGAAAAAGAGGAGGAAACGAAAUCAAGGCUACGCACGACGUUUCUUCUCUCUCGAUUUCACAUCUUCCACGCUAUCCUAUUACCGAAAUGACCAUUCUUCUGCCUUGCGUGGCGCCAUCCCCCUCUCGCUGGCCGCUGUAGGAGCUAAUGGAGAUACGAGAGAAAUCUCAGUGGAUUCGGGCGCCGAAGUCUGGCAGCUCCGAGCAAACAACAUGAAGGACUUCAACAUGUGGAAAGAUGCUCUCGAUCGCGCCUCGCGGAGUGCCGGAGCCUCGGCCUCACCUACCUUGCAUAUUCCUGCCAGCCAGUCCAGAAGCGCAUCGCACACUGUCAACCAAGCCGAGGAGAGCGAGUGGGCAAGGGUAGAGUCCCUGGUAGGAAGGGUCGCGGGGACCAGAGAUGCUGUGAGAAGACUAGCUCAGGACACUGAUCCCAAGUACACCGCCGCAUCCACCGGUCUAGGUCUUAAGGGGGUUCAAGACAGCCUGUCGCCCAGUCCAUCAGAAGGGGAAUCGCUCGACUACUUUCCGCCGGUAGAAGAGAAAGGUGCAGACAAAAAAUCCUUCUGGAAACGAAAAUCCAGCCACUCGGGAAGCCAAAGUCCAUCGAGCGUGUUCAGGAGAAGUGUUGCCGCUCAGACUGCAGUGGCUUCGCCGGGUACGAUCCCACCUGUUCCUGCACUGCCCAAUGGAACCUUGGGGGUGCCCGCCAAACGAAACAACCGCUUGAGCGCGGUAGUCCAGACCCAAGAAGAGGCGCUUCAUGACCACUGCAUGGCGCUUUUGAGAGAUCUCGACUCCGUGGUGAAGGGAUUCUCAGAGCUUUUGGCAGAAAGUCGGCAAAGGCGAAUGCCCGCGCUUCCCUCUCCACGCAAGAGCAUUGACUCAUAUGAGUCUGCGGAUGAAUUCUUCGACGCUGUUGACGGUGAUACCGCGAAGUCGCAACUCCUGACCAUUCGUCGGGAUAGCGGAGACAACAAUGAACGCGACGACGUUUCGGACGGGGGAUCAGAGUCGUCGUCUGAACAUGAAGAGCGAGGCUUCUUCGACCAACGCAUGUCUCUUGACGUCAAACCGUCCCUGUUCCCUACUAAACCCACCUCUCUCAAGCCCCUUCCUCAUGAUCCGGUCCAACGUGUCUCCAACAUUGCACCCACCAAUGGUCCCCCUCCUAGUCUCAUAUCUUUCUUCCGCAAAAACGUUGGCAAGGAUCUCUCCACCAUAGCGAUGCCAGUGACCUUCAACGAACCCAUAUCUGCCGUACAGCGUAUAGCCGAGCAACUCGAAUACAGCGAACUCCUCGACGCCGCGGCAACCGCCCCCAGCGAGACAGGCGAACGUCUCGUGUACAUGGCUGCAUUCGCUAUAUCCAGCUUCAGCAACAUGCGCGUCAAGGAACGUUCCAUGCGCAAACCUUACACGCCACUCCUCGGCGAGACGUACGAACUCGUCCGCGAGGACAAGGGCUUCCGCUUCGUCGCCGAAAAGGUUAUCCACCGCCCCUUCCGCAUGGCAUGCCACGCCGAAUCGACCGCCUGGACGUUCAUCCAAUCCCCGGCGCCAACGCAGAAAUUCUGGGGCAAGAGCUCUGAAAUCAACACCGACGGACGCGUGCGCGUGUUCCUGCACGACGCGGGCGAGCACUACUCGUGGAACAUUGCCACUUCCUUCAUGCGCAACGUCAUCGCCGGCGAAAAGUACAUCGAGCCCACGGGCACCAUGACGAUUGUCUGCGAAACCACGGGCGCAAAGGCAAUCUGCACCUUUAAAGCCGGCGGCAUGUUCGCGGGCCGCAGCGAAGAAGUCACGGUGCAAACCCUCGAUCCCUCAAACUCCCCUCUCCCCGCCGGUGCCGCGGGAAAAUGGACUUCAGACCUCCAGCUCACUUCUUCGGCUGGCCAGCCCUCGAAACCGAUCUGGAAGGUCGGCCCGCUCGUAGACAAACCCGCGGCUCGAUACGGCUUCACGGCGUUCGCGGCCCAUCUGAACACAAUCACCCCCAUCGAGGCUUCGCGGCUCCCGCCUACAGACUCGCGGUUGCGUCCCGACCAGCGCGCCGCCGAGCAGGGCGACAUGGAUCGCGCCGAGGGGCUCAAAGCUCGACUCGAAGAGCGCCAGCGUGGGCGCAGAAAGGUCAUGGAAGAGCACGGGCAGGAAUGGUCGCCCAAGUGGUUCACCAAGAUUGGGCCCGACGAGGCGGGUGCUGCGCUGGCUGGCGAGGAUGGCGCCGAUCUUUGGCGGUUGAAGAGUGGCAAGGAAGGGUAUUGGGAGUGUAGGGAGAGGGGGGAUUGGGAGGGUGUUGUCGAUGUGUUGGAGGCUUAG